AUGGGUUAAAGUAAUAGCAGUGUUGACAAAAGAAGAUAGGUUAAAGGAGGGAUUCUAAUUAAGCUUGUAAAAACAGCUUUCUCAAGUAACGAAACCAUCGAAGGAUAAAUAUGUAUAAAUUUAGAGGAACCUUUCUAAGGGCAUUUACUGUAAAUUAGUCUUUAAGGAUUUGAAGAAACUCAUUUUACUUACAUAGGACAACAUAGAGUAGGCUAACAUGUUAGCAUAAAAACUAUUCAUGCAAAAGGUUAUGAUUAAUUUGUGGACUUUACUAUCCCUGUUUAUGAUUUUGCUGUAGGCACUUUAGAUUCUGCUUUUGUUAUAUAACCAAUACAAGCUGUUAUCCCAUUUCAGUUAACAGUUGCAGAAAAACUUCCAUCUUCAAUUAAUUAUUUUUUUGAUGCGAAUAACAAUUGCAGUUUAAAAUAUUAAUUGGUUGCCUCACUUAUAUCUACUGAAGCUAAUGUAAGACCAAUAACAGGAAGUUAAGAAAUAUUUAUCGGAUAAUAAAUUCCUACCUACUAGCUACCUAAUACUACAAAUUCAGUUUAAGAGCCUACAUCAUGCUGGUGCUGCAAUUCUGGAUAAAUAAAAUAUAAUGCAAACUUAAACUCAAGAUAGCUAUGCCCCAACAGUUAAGGUGAGGUGGAUUUAGAUAUAGAUUUUAGUUAAUAUAGCAACAAAGUUAGUGGCUUGAAGAUAACACUAAAAGGUGAUCUAGUUAUAAAAGCAAAUAACACUGAAAAGGUUAAAACUUUUGAGCUGUUAGUUAAAGAGUAAGAGAUUAACGUAAAUUCUAUAAAUUUUAAACAAAAAGUAUAAAUUCCUAUACCAGGUAAUGUAAAUUUGAGUUGUAAUGGAUCACUAAUAAAUCUUAAAUAUAAUUUGAUUAUAACUCCAAAAAUUGACUCAUGCUUGAUGAUAAGCGAAAGUAAACCUCACAUAAUUGAAGUAGCAAUUAAUCCAACAAAUACCUUAAUUUAUGAUAUUAAGAAUAUACCUCAAUAAAUGAAUAUUCAAGCUCCUCUAAACUGGAAUCCUGUAUUACUCUAGCCAUCGUUAUCAGGUUAUUAAUAAGGUGGUGCAUAGAUUUAAUAAUAAUAAAUGAACUAAUAGUAAAUGGGGUUUACUGCUAAUUAAGCUAAUAGUUUUUAGCAAUAACCAAUAAAUGGAUAGUCUUAAAUGUUGGUACCUUUAAUGGCAGAUUAAACUUAAUAUGCAGUUUAACCAUCCUAUGUUGCUUAACCAAUUUUAUAGCCUCAAUAAAUUUAAGUUUAACCAAAUUAAUACAUUUAACCAUAAGGAUAAUAACAAAUGAUGAACUAAUACCAAGUGUAUACUCAACCAUAAUUAGCUAGUUAGUAAUAUAGUACUAAUUAGCAAGUGAUUCCAUAUCCAUAGUAGAAUAACAAUUAAUAAGUAUUAGGGGAGUCUUAAUUUCAAUAUUAGUAACAAGCUAAUGUUUAACCUUAAAUGUAUAACUAAUAAUAAAUAGUUGUAUAACCUUAAGUUUAUAAUUAGCAACAAUAAAUACCAUAAACUAUUUAUUAAUAGUAAACAUAUCCAUUACAGUAAUAAUAAGUUUAUUACUAAUAGCCAAUUAAUGCUCCUGUUCUUUAAACUAUGCAAAUCCAACCAAAUUAACAACCGAUAAUGGUAGAUUAAAACAGAGCUCUUCUUUGA